CUAGGGUUUUCGAUCGCCUCCCCAAAUCUUCAGCUUUUACUCAGAGAGAACCAGAGAGAGAGGAGGCCGUCGAUCGAAGAAGAAGAAGAAGAAAUGAAGACUAUAUUGUCAUCAGAGACCAUGGACAUCCCAGAGGGAGUCACCAUCAAGAUCAAGGCUAAGAUCAUCGAAGUUGAAGGACCUAGAGGUAAGCUUACUCGUAACUUCAAGCAUCUGAAUCUCGACUUUGAGUUGAUCAAAGAUGAGGCUGGAAAGACAAAGCUGAAGAUUGAUUCAUGGUUUGGAUCUCGCAAGACCACCGCUGCUAUUCGUACUGCUCUUAGCCACGUUGAUAACCUUAUCACUGGUGUCACCAAGGGUUACCGCUACAAGAUGCGUUUCGUGUAUGCCCAUUUUCCUAUUAAUGCUAGUCUUACUAAUGGAAACAAGUCCAUUGAGAUCCGUAAUUUUCUUGGAGAGAAGAAGGUGAGGAAGGUUGAUAUGCUUGAUGGUGUUAGCAUUGUCCGAUCUGAAAAGGUUAAGGAUGAAUUGGUUCUUGAUGGAAAUGACAUUGAGCUUGUUUCACGCUCUGCUGCUCUGAUUAAUCAGAAAUGUCAUGUUAAGAAGAAGGAUAUCAGGAAGUUUCUUGAUGGUAUCUAUGUGAGUGAGAAGGGAAAGAUUGUUGAGGAAGAAUGAUAACUUUGUUGGCUGCCAUUUAUUUAUCUUUGUUGAACUUGAUAGUUUUCUUGUUUUGUUUUGAAGAUCUAUGUUGGAUUCGAAUUCAAAAGUUUUUCUGUCGUUUGUUAGGUCAGAUGAGUACUUUGAUGAUAAUUUUGUUGGAUUUCCUUUCGUUUAUGAUCAACUUUAUUUGGCUAGAUUAUUGUUUUUUC